AUCAAGGUUGCGUUUACUCAGUAAGUAACAAACAACUGAGGAGGACUCAAUCAAGUGGUCAACAUAGCACUGCUUACGAUUGGUCUGGGACACUUUUAAGAGGAAGUAACAAAGGAAAUGAUGAAAGGUGCUAGUCCAUAUUAUUUCUGACCAGGCGAUCAUAGCAGAUUCAGACAUUCUCAGACGCGAGGUUAGCAUGGACAGUGACUAGCUACAUACCUAAAUACUUACAUAUAUUUAUUUAUUUACAUAAUGUGUGACUGACCAGAAGAUGUUUUGUAUAUUUAUUUAUUUUGUUUUACCAAAACCUUGUGCCAUAAAUAUAAAUAUGCAUAAUUAGUUCAUAAGUGAUCUAAGUUUGGCAAGAAUUUAAAACCGGAAAUAAUCAUGGGUCUCAUUAUGGAAACCGUAGUAUCGGCGCUGCUGUGCUUCGUCACCAUAAUUCCCCUCGUUCUCAUCCUACUCGUCAACCAAGUCGUGCGCUUCCUCGUCGCGCUAAGUCUCCGUCUUAUCCAUGGUUCCAGUAUUGUUCUCAGUGAUCACGGAUAUGACAACAUUUACAUGCACAAAGGGUACAAUCACCCCCACGGGCGACGCACAGUUCUUUACCUCGCAGUUCUGACUCCUGGAAAAAAUAAACUAUUUGACAUUGCACAACAUCGGAGAAACUAUGAGAAACAUGUUUUGAACAGAGAAGAGUUUUCUAAACUGACAAAGGUGUGGGUAACCAAAUUUGGCUACACGUGCCUUCAAAGGGAUGCCAACUUUGAUGUGGAAAAUCAUGUCAGGAUGUACGAGGAGCAAGGCGGAAAAGUAACCGAGACCGACCUCAUGGAAACGCUACUUCCUGAGCUAUGCAAAGAUAUGGAGGAUGAUCAUCCCCAAUGGGAGGACGUCAUUGUACCAAAUUUUGUUUAUGACAACGACCCCAUAGUUCCCCGGAUUUUGAGGAUUAUUCGGAUCCAUCACGGCUAUAUGGACGGUAUUUCGAACCUCUUAAUGCUUGCUGAAACCCAGAGUGGCGACUCGGUUCAUAAUUUUCCUUGGGUUAUCAAUCCACUUGAACCACGCCAAAAAACAAUUGGAUUCUGGUUUCGGCUCUUUUGCCUCAUACACUUGCCACUCGUCGCAAUGAAGCAUCUUAUGUGUGGCAUCUGGCCAAGGACAACGAAGAACGCAAGUUGGAUACCAGACUCUUUUACUGGACAUACUUUACACGGAUGGUCAGAACCGCUGGACAUUAAACUGCUUGGAGAUAUCAAAUCUGCCAGCGAUUGUUCAAUGCCAGCCAUCCUCACAACAGUACUGUUGAACGCGUUGGGGCGAUUUCAGGACGAGUUUGGACAACGUAAUGACUCUGAUGAAAUUUUGCUGGGCCUCGUUUCUGCCUUGCUUCCCUAUCCCUCAGUUCACCUUCGUAACAAGCACGGCAUCCUCCGCUGCGAGUUGGAUGCUGGUCGGAGGGACCUACCCAGGCGUGCCCGACUUUGGAACAUUAAUCAAAAGCUGAAGAAAAUUAGCCAGUCUCCGGAAACUUGGUUGAAUCACGUGCUUCCUUCCUUAUGUGGUCAUCUUCCUAAUAGAAUCGCCGAUAUGGGAACUUCCCUCAUAAGUGGGGACGGCGUAAUCUCAAACUUUCCUGCAACUCGAGAAUCCAUUAAAUUGUGGGGUAGUCAAGUUGAAGAAAUGGCCGGGUGGGUCCCACUGCUCACUAGAGCUGGCUUCGGUUGCGUGACACUGCGCUACGGGGAUAAGUUGAGGUUUUGUCUUAAUACAGACGAAGCAGCAAUUAACAGGAAAGAGCUGGAAUGGCUUUUAAAAGUUAUAGUCGAAGAGGCGAAGGCGCUUUCGUCCGAUUUUUCUUCUGCGUCGCGAAGCUCUUCGUCAGGAUCUAAAGGAAGUUUAGUGGGGAGAUUUCUCGUGUUUCCAGUGGAUCAAGUUUGUGAAAAUACUACUGACGACACAACCAACAAUAACAAUCCCGACAAUAUCGACCAAGGAGUAGUUGAGAUGAAGAGUGAGCCUAGUAGAGAAGAGCGAAUUUCCAGAGCGAUGAGGAUAUUGAUGUCCACCAUGAAUAAGUUAAAACGAGCUUAAUUGAUAAAUAAUGUCAAUAUAAAGUUUUAUCUUAGAAUAAAACGUAUUUAUUUUGUUUUCUUUUAAA